ACCACACUCCCUAAAUAACCUCACUAAGACCCUUCUAUGUCUAGUUGGCUUUAUCCCCUUCUUUGUGCAUGUUCUCUCUCUCUCUAUAUACUCUUGUGGCUUCUGUGCAUAAUGGCUUUUAGUGUGGCCUUAGGAUAAGCAUGUUUUGUUGUCUUCUCAUUGGUUCUCUAUUGGGUGCUCUUUGAUUCCACUUUAUUCACCCAAAAAACCAAUGUAAAUGGCUCCUUGAAAAAGCACUUUUGGGUUCAUCUCCUCCUCUUCUUCUUCUUCUUCUUCUCUAAAAGGUGUCUACAUUGCUUUUAAGUCUUACACUUGUGAUCUUAGGACAAGCAUCUCUUGUAGCCUUCUCCUUUGUUCCACUUUUUCCACCCCAAAAAACCAAUGAAAAAAUGAAUGCCUGAGAAAGCACUUAAGUUUUGGGCUCAUUUCUUCUCCUCCCUCUUUUGUGUCUACAUUGCUCUAAAUGCUCCAUAGAAGAGUGCACCUGUGACCUUAGGAUAAGCAUAUCUUGUUAUUUUCCCCUUGGUUCUCUAUUGGGUUCUCCUUACUCCUUGAAAAAGCACCUUUUGGUUCAGUUUCUUCUUCUGUUUGUGUGUCUGCAUUGAACAACAACACCUGUAUCUCUCUAUAGGAAGAUGUCAGCAAAAAACCUCAGAUUUGGGCUCUUCCUUGGCUUGUUCUUGAUUUGUUCCGUCGCCGUUCACGGCAUAGACUUGUGGCCAAUGCCGAAGUCGGUGAGCCACGGAUCGAAAACGCUCUACGUAAGCAGGGAAUUUGGGCUGUACAUGGAGGGGAGCAACUAUUCAGAUGGUUUGGGGAUCUUAAAAGGCGCUUUCGAGAGGAUGGUUGAUCUUGUUGAAGCUUCUCAUGUUAUCGACGGCAAUUCGUCGGGUUCCGGUGUUCUUUCCGGCGUAAAUGUCGUGGUGCAUUCACCGGAGGAUUCGCUGAAUUUUGGGGUUGAUGAAUCAUACACACUGAGUGUGCCCGCAUAUGGGAAUCCUAUACAUGCUCAAAUUGAGGCAGAAACAGUGUUUGGUGCACUGCAUGCUUUACAGACUUUUAGCCAACUGUGUUCUUUUAAUUUCGUUACGAGGGUUGUCGAACUCCGUUCGGCUCCUUGGACUAUUUCUGACCUGCCGAGAUUUCCUUAUCGCGGACUCCUUAUAGAUACAUCGCGACAUUAUCUUCCUGUACGGAUAAUAAAGGGCGUUAUCGAUGCAAUGACCUUUAGUAAACUGAAUGUUCUUCACUGGCACAUUGUGGACACACAAUCAUUCCCCAUCGAAAUACCUUCAUAUCCAAGAUUGUGGAAUGGUGCAUACUCUUAUUCUGAGAGAUAUACGAUGGCCGACGCUGUUGACAUAGUACAAUACGCAGAAAAACGAGGAGUAAAUGUCUUGGCAGAGAUCGAUGUUCCAGGACAUGCUCUGUCAUGGGGCGUCGGGUAUCCAUCAUUAUGGCCGUCAGCAAGCUGCCAAGAGCCGCUCGACAUCAGCAACGAAUUUACGUUCAAAGUAAUCGAUGGAAUUCUUUCAGAUUUUAGUAAGGUUUUUAAGUUCAAAUUUGUCCAUUUGGGAGGUGAUGAAGUUGAUACAAGUUGCUGGACUAUAACUCCUCAUGUAAAAGCAUGGUUGAAUCAACAUCAUAUGAACGAAUCCGACGGCUACAGAUACUUUGUUUUGCGAGCACAAAAAAUAGCAAUUUCACAUGGUUAUGAUGUCAUCAAUUGGGAAGAGACAUUCAACAACUUCGGGAACAAAUUGAGCCCCAGAACUGUGGUGCACAACUGGCUUGGUGGUGGAGUGGCUCAGAGAGUGGUUGCCGCCGGGUUGAGAUGCAUUGUGAGCAACCAGGACAAGUGGUAUUUGGAUCACUUGGAUGCGAAAUGGGAGGGAUUUUACAUGAAUGAGCCCCUAACAAAUAUCUCUAAGCCUGAGCAGCAGAAAUUGGUCAUAGGUGGCGAGGUUUGCAUGUGGGGUGAACACAUAGAUGCCUCGGAUAUCGAGCAAACUAUUUGGCCGCGUGCUGCAGCAGCUGCAGAGCGGCUGUGGAGUCCACUUGACAAGCUCGCAUCGGACCCAAAGCAAGUGACCGCAAGAUUGGCUCGCUUCAGGUGUCUGCUGAAUCAAAGGGGAGUUGCGGCAGCACCGCUAGCUGGACUCGGUCGAGCAGCUCCGUCAGAGCCAGGCUCCUGCAUUAAGCAGUAGAAGAUCAGUACUUAAUCAAUUCAUGAUGUUUGAAAUGGCGGCAAGUUAGCAUUCAUGUCAAAUUGGUAACCAAAUAAGCAUUUGUAGUGGAUAUUCUUUCCAUUUCAACUAAUGGAAUAAGAGCUUCUGAUGAAUCUGGUUCUGUUAUUUAA